UCUCAUUUUCUGUUGAACGUGCGAUGCAAUUCGGUGAAGAUUUUUGUUCGCAAAACAGUUGGUGUUUCAAGUGAGGUCUUACGACCACGAGUGACGAUAAUUUACCAAUAAACAUUGAACAAUGCACACGGUUAUGGAAGCUGAAACGAGCGUCCCGGCUUUUCUCGGGAAACUCUGGCGACUAGUCGAGGAUCCAGAGACCGACGACCUUAUUUGCUGGUCACCAAAUGGCCGGAGUUUUUUCAUCCGCAAUCCCUCACAAUUCGCUCGAGAAUUGCUGCCUCACUACUACAAACACAACAACAUGGCCAGUUUCGUGAGGCAAUUGAAUAUGUAUGGUUUUCAUAAGAAAGUGUCAGUGGAGCUCGGUGGACUCAAAUGUGACAGGGAUGAAAUGGAAUUUGCACACCAGUACUUUAUCAAGGAUAAUUCAUACCUGCUGGAACACAUCAAACGCAAGAUUGCGAAUAAACCCCAGGAGAGCUGUCCCUCAGUUAAAUCCGAGAUGAUGACUAAAGUGUUGAGUGAAGUCCGGACUAUGAGGGGCAGACAGGAGCAUUUGGAUACUCGGUUGGGUGCGAUGAAACGAGAAAAUGAGGCGCUGUGGAGGGAACUCGCAAUGUUGAGGCGAAAGCAUCUGAAGCAGCAGGAAAUUGUUAACAAAUUAAUUCAUUUUCUGGUGACCCUGGUGCAGCCUGGAAGAGGUGGUGGCCUCUCCGUCAAGAGGAGAUAUCCUCUGAUGAUUGAUGAUCACCAGAGGAUCAAACAUCGAAAGAUGUCGAAGCCGGAAGCCUCACCCACUGGACCCACAAUUCACGAACUAGAUGGAGAACAUGAACAGGAUCUAGAUUCUGAAUACAUUGUGGCUGAAAUAUUGGAGAAUCACACUCCAGCGAUCCAGAGUCCAGCAUCGAUCGAUUCUCCUCUGGACGAGGACAACGCGGAGACCGUUUACCACAUCGCCGACGAGACCGUCGACAGGGAAAUUCAACUCCUCGAGGCACAGGAAGCGGCCGCCAAAAACCUCAACAUCAAACCCAAACCCAAGAGGAAAAACAAGAUGCCUGUCAAAAUUCUGAUACCGUCAACGCAAGCUGGGGAGGAACCGAGGCAAGAAACAUUAUUGCUCGAAGUGAAUGAUGAGGAUACAGACUUGCCCGUUGCACUUCUGGAGAAGAAGACGAAGGAAAAACCGAAGGCAGUCCCAUCGAAGACAGUGAGAAGCUCUAAAUUGACAGCUAUGGCAGCUAAUAUCAACAAACUCAACUCUGGAGAUGACUCCGAUGAUGUCGAGGACUCGAGGGAGAAGUCUGAGGAUCUGAAUGAUGGCUUGAUCAUUUCGGAUGUGAAAUCACAGGAGUCCAAGCUGACGGAGAAAAAUGGUGGCGGAUCUGGGGAUCAGGGACAGGCAGCGCUUGAAGUGAAUCCUGGAUCCAGUGAUAAGCGUAAAGAUUUGUCGUUGAGUCGAGUCAGUCCUUCGGGAACGACUGAUAACAACUACAGGUUAGGAUCGAUGGAGGAGAUGGAUAAUCAUCUUGAAACCAUGCAGAAUGAGUUGGACAAUUUGCGGGAUAUUCUCCGGGGUGAAGGGUACAGCAUCGAUGCUAAUACAUUGCUAGGGCUUUUUGGUGGUGAUGAUCCCAUGUCAUUUGGCAUUCCAAUGAAUCCUGAACUGGACCCAACGCAACAAGACAGGGAUGACGACGGUGAACUCUCCGAUGGGAACAAUUGCCUGAGUGGUGGUGAAUUAAUGGCGUACAAUCCAUCGUCGAAUCUUUUAGACUUUGACGAUGACAUUUUCUUGGGGUCAAAUCCCGCAAACAGCCCGGGAAUUCAACCGACUUCUCCAAAUCUAUACAGUCCUAAUGACCUACAGGAUAUUGACGAUAACAAAGCGGGUGUUCUCGAAGCUUUAGUCCGGAGUCAUGGAAAUUCAUCGACCACUUCGUAGAUCAUUCGUCAUUGCCUUGGAAGACAUAACUGGAUAAUCUAGGCGAUGAAAAUAUACAUUAGGAAUGUAUUUUGAAAAAAAAAAAUUGAAGAUGACGAUUUUUAACGAAGUUGAAGAGUCCAUUAAUGACUGAUUAAUCAGUUGAUUGAUAACAGAUAAGCACAUAAUCACGAUAAUACUGUAGGCAUACAAAUAAUAAUGGGCAGUUUAAAUCUAAGAUUUUUAGAUUAUCAUUAAGUGCAUGUCAAAAUCAAAUGAAAUACGAAUGAAAAGUUAAUAGAGAAUAUUGGAAACUUGAGCGCUAAAUUCAUUAAUGACAUUUGAUCGUCAGCAUGUUUGAGACAUGCUGAAUUAUCAAUUUUUUUUUUUUAUCUAAAGAGACUUUUAACUUGGCAUUGUAAAUAAUCUGGAUAAUUAUCCCAAAAAUUCAUAUACGAGUGAUUAAUGAUAGAAAAAUGUAUCAAUUGCUCCAUUUUUCUUGUCCCUCAUUGCGAUAAACGAUAAAUUAUCACUGAAAUUUACUAACAACAUCUUGAAAAUACUUUAAUUACUGUUUUCUCGAUUGAUUUAUUGAAAUUUCCUUCGUAAUUCAGCUCUGAAAGGGAUUGGGUAUUUUUACGAUGCGUAAACCGCAUUCAACUCUCAAAUUCAAGACAAAGAAUUUUUACAAUUAAAUCAUAAUCAUUCGCUCAUUGAAAUGAUAGGUUUAAUUAUUUUUAUUACUUAUUUUUGAUUACAUUUCUUAUUGGGAAGGUACCUCUGCGUUUAUUUUAUAUUAAUCAUAAAUAAUUCUUCGGUUUGGUUUGAUUAUUUGGAUAAUGGGAGUUUGAAGAGGAGAGAAAGAAGAAUUGAGUACAUGUAAUAACUCUCAAAUAAAUUAAACACAGUGUUUGAUCAUAAAAAUAGAUUUUUCACUGGGUUUUGAGUGGGAUUACCACACCAACUGAAUUAAAUAAUAAUUAAUCAAUGAAUAUCUCCCAUUACUCAUUUGAAUUCACGUUUAUCUCCGUAAUGGUGCUGUAUCUAUUAUAUUCUAUCUAUUUUUCACGAUAACUUAGCGAUAAGGCAGCAGUUUGAAAUUAUUUUAACCCAGAUAAAGAGUCAAAUACAUUGAUUGUCAUCCGUUCAGGAUAUGAUUGGAAUAAAUACUUGAGCCCGCAGAUAGUAACUGG